AUGAAUGUUUGUAUCAUUCUAACUGUAUUCAUUGUCACAAUGAAUCCAAUAACUAGUGAACUGAUGCCGCCAAAAAUUACUUGUAUGAAUGAUUGUUGGCGAAGUAUAAAUAAUAAAAGAUAUGAUAAUGGUGAUGGCGAUGACAACGAAAGUACUUCUAUGAAUGAACAGAGCAGCAACCAUCAAGGACUAGAGAAUGAGGGGACACAUUUAAAUCUAAAAUCUGGUUAUGUACCUAUGGAAUCUGCAAGCGAUGAAACAAUAGAUAAUACAAUUCAAACAAAUGAGACAACAACAACAACUUAUUGUGAGGAGAUUGAAGUACCAGAAAUUGUCAACACUGGUUUUCUGGGAAAGUACUUCCCAUUCGGCUUUUGUUAUGAAUUCAAAAGACUUGUUCGCCUCGCAGUACCAAUUACAAUCACAUCAGUGGUUGCAUUCUUAUCUGGCCCCGUAAGUCUCAUAUUUUGUGGACGACUCGGAAAAACCGCUCUCGCUACUGUUGGUCUCGCUAAUUCUGUUUUCAAUGUUGCUGGAUUAGCUGUUGUAACUGGCCUCCUAACAGCAGCCGACACUUUGUUUGCACAGACAUAUGGCAGUCCAAACAAAAGUUUAAUGGGUGUUCAUUUACAGCGUGCCUUGGUGAUCAUGUCUAUAAUGUGUAUGCCGUGUUGGUCAUUCUAUCUAUGCAUUGAACCGAUACUACUCGCAAUGAAACAAAACCCUUUAAUAGCCAGAAAGACAUCUGACUACUUACUGUUUAUGAUGCCGGGAUUAUAUUUCGCUGCCAUCGGUCAAGUUUUAACGAAAUAUGUUCAAAGUCAAAAUCGUGUCUAUAUCCCUCUGGUAAUCGGGAUUCUGACGAAUUUGUUCAAUGCUAUGCUGCAUUAUGUUCUUUUAUUUGUUUUUCAAAUCGGAGUAAGAGGUUCGGCUAUUUCUCAAUCAUUUGCUUACUUGUUUCAAUGCCUUUGCUUCCUGCCAUAUAUUAUUAUGUUGGAGAGAUCUGGAGUGACGUGGAAAGGUUGGUCAAGUGAACUCUGGCUUGAUUGGGGUAAAUGGUUUAAACUCGCAAUGCCUGGUGUUGUUAUGAUUACACUUGAGUGGAGUAUUUUUGAAAUCGGCAGCAUUAUUUCAGGUACACUUGGCGAACGAGAAUUAGCCACACAAACAAUCCUCUUCAAUAUCGAAUCAAUCUGCUAUACACUAUUGCCACUAGGCUUUGGUAUAGCAACGAGUAUACGUUUAGGACAAUUUCUUGGUGCACGAUCAGCGGCUGGACCCCGUUCCGUCAUUUCUACAGCUCUUGUUGUGUUAUGGACUACUUCUAUCGCAUUCAUUCUAGUCUUAGUUCUACUGAGAUGGGAAAUUCCUAAAAUUUUCACUUCUGAACCGGAUGUGAUUGAACUAGCCGCUAAGCUGAUGCCACUAAUUGCUGCAUUUCAAAUAUUUGAUGGAACGGUGGGUGUUUGCAGUGGUGCUAUUCGUGGAGCAGGACUUCAGCUAUUUGGUGCAAUCGUAUGCUUUGUUACUCUGUACUUAAUAGGUUCACCAAUUGGUUUAUCUCUUGUAUUUGCUGCCGGGUACGGUUUAGAAGGUUUAUGGGCAGGUAUGACUGUGGGGACUAUUCUCGAAGGUAUUGUAUACCUUAUAACUUGUCAAAGGAUCAACUGGAGAAAGCAAGUAGAAUUAGCUAUUCAAAGGACAAAUCAACUAAUGUCAGAUAAUCAUCUUUCAGAGGAAAGAAUAAACCAUGGUAAUAUUGAAAAUUCAAAUCCCAGCUACAAAACAUCUAUAUCAGUUAAAGAUGAACAUGUAGAGGAAACAGAAGAGAUCGAUGGUAGGACCAGUGCUUCACUUUUCGAAAACUCAAAUGAUGCGGCAAUUAUCCCCGAUCUUCCAGUCGACAGAUCAUUUCAAAGUCAUACCAACUUGAGAUACAAUUCACAACAACUUCUUGUGAUUCGCUUAAGAGCUGUUAUCUUACCCCGUAUUCUCUUCACUCUAAUAAUGUUAUGUCUGUUGAGUUUCAGUGUAAUCUUAAGACUAUAUAAGCCAUGGUCUGGCAAAUUUGGUGCGUACUGUACAUUUCCAAAUGGUUCAUUUAUAUCGCAAAAAGGUCAAAAUGAUAUUUUGUCAAAUAACAUAAACAAACUCCUUUUAGAUGGUGAUACUAUUUUAUUGAAUGGCUCCAAUGAAACUUGUUUAAUAUCUGUUCCAUAG